UCAACUUAAAAAAAAGUGUACGUCUCUCCAUACAUACCCUUUUCGUCCAGAUACACGAAACUUUGACUUAAUGAAAAGUGAAUCCUCCAAUAUUCUUGGACACGUGACCUUGCUUUUUUAUCGGUUUCUCUCAAGAGGGUUCCGUUGAGAUUGUUCAAUUCUUGAUUCUAAUUUUCAGAAAUCUGGUCCGGGGUACUGCAUAGUAUUGUGAUUAGUAUUUUUCUGUGUGGAAUAAAUUUGUUGUUAGUCUUAGGAGGUUAAGGAUGGUUGGACCAUUAUCUCUUGUUGCUUCACCAAUCACUGAUUCACAUGGAUGUCCACGCUUGUGUUUGGAUGCUCUGCCUUCAUGCAACUUGAGUAGUGGAGAUCUGAUUACGAGUAGGAAUUUAGUUACUAGUAGGAGGCAUAUGCCAAGACCUACUGGAUCAUUGGAGCUGAGUAGCCCUUUUCUUGAUUCAGUAAAAGCUCUGUCUGGUGGUAAGAGUUUGAGAGAGCAGAGGGAGAACAGGAGUUUGAAGAUUGUAAGUGAAGUGGCCGGACAAUACGAGGAAAACUUUGCUGAUGUAAAAGCUUCAAUUCUUAACUUUUUCACAUACAAAGCUGUGAGGACUGUUAUGAACCAGCUCUCUGAGAUGAACCCUCCCCAGUACCGAUGGUUUAACGAUUAUGUUGCUGCAAAUAAGCCUCGUGAUGGGAAGCGAUUCAUCCGCAGCCUGGCAAAGGAGAAGCGUGAACUCGCAGAAAGAGUGAUGGUAACACGACUUUACCUGUACGGAAAAUGGAUUAAGAAAUGUGAUCAUGCUGCAAUAUACAAAGAAAUCUCUGAUCAAAAUUUGGAGUUGAUGCGAGAGCGGCUCAUAGAGACAGUAAUCUGGCCUUCUGAUGAUACAAACACUGAGAAGAUUGGAUGAAUGGCUCCAGCCACUUUCAACAGUUUAGAUCUUCUGCUAUAUUUCUCGUUUGUGUAAUACAUACUGAUUUGGCCGAUAGGAAAAUUCCGUUAUAGUAGUGAUUUACUUUUAAGGUAAGGAUUGGAAUUGUUUUAAUCACAUUGUAGUAUGUGAAUAUAUAUAUUCUUUAGAUUAGCUUAAAAAAAGGAAUAGGAAAAACGGCUUCGAUUUUGUUAUUUGUACAAAAACAUUUCUUUCCUCCCAUUGUGCCUCACCAAUGUAGGGGCAAUUAAUUCAA